AUGGCUACUGAAUGUGCCCAAGUCGUCACCCUAGCUGAUAAACAAAAGUCUGCAGGAAAGUCUGCACCUCCUCCCAAACAUGUCUGUCAACCAUUCACUUUGCGGCUUAUCUUGGGGGUUCCUAUCCUCAAAGAAGACAACAAAGUUGUUAGCAAUUUGGAAUGCCUGUUUGCAAAAUACGCAAAAAAUGAGAAAUCAAGCUCAAAUCAGCCGCCUCUUAAGGCCGAACGUGACAUAUUUUGGGAGCACAUAGUGAUCGGUGUGAAUUCCAUUGUGAAGCAGAUGGAGACUGUUGUCCGCGAUGCGUCAUCCUCCAAGUCAGCUGAUCCCUUCUCCGUAAUCCUUCUCGACUUUGCUUGGCUUAAUUCCCAACUGGGUCACCAUCUCGCUCACCUCUGUUCCGGUACUCCUCACACUAGCCUCGUUGCGGUCAGUCCGCCUGGAAAGCUUGCCAAGAUUGUUACCUCGCCUCUACAGAACCUGAACACUUCUACACCCAAGAUUGCCUGUGUGGGGAUUCGGCCUCUGAUGACCCCACACUCGACUCGACUGCCUGUCCUUCGCGAAUGCCUCCGGAUGUGCGCCUCCCUCACGGGCAAGCCUCUGCCACCGGACCCCGCAGCUUCAACGGCGGCGUCGUUAUCGGCGGAUGCAGCAGCGUCCGGCGCCACAGUCGGUUCCACACCGCAGUACGUCCCCAUCCUGCCCAAGCCGCCAACCUCCAUCCUCGUUCCUCCUGUGAGCCUCGACAUCGCUCCCUCGCCCGCUGCUGUCGGCGGUGGCUACGUAGUUGCCGCUGGGGGUACUCCGAGUCUUAUCACCUCCACACUCAUUAGCCAGCCAGGUCCGUCACAAACUCCUAUGCAGAAACCCCAAAUGCCCCCGAAACCGCCUAUUCCCCGGCCAGCUGUUCGACACAUCCCGGCCGACGAUUGGCUCACCUACAAACUUGACCACGCCAAACUCUACAAAUGUGGUGCCGACAUCUCCAAGGAGCUGGAAAACCACAGUCUCUACAUCCACGAUGUGGCGGACAUCUGGGCCCUCUACCCACGCCAGUUGCAGAAACCCGACAUCGUUGUGCGACGUCCCGCACCAACUCCCAAAUCGCACAAAUCGCGCGGUCCACCGAAUCCCCCACCCAGCAAACAGAGGAGGUCGGUCGGUCACCACGCAGCACACCCACCGCCGCCGCCCCCAAACCAGGGCUAUUUCGACGACGAGGAGCUGGGCGAUGAGGAAGAAGAGGAGGACUACGAUUACCCGGGAGGCGGAUCGUCCUAUCUGGAGUCACCUCGACAUCAUCGUUACUCCCGCCAUCAUCAAUCGCCUUCUCCGAUGUCGCGGGAAGCAGCGCGAGGCAUGUACCGCAAGCACCACCCGGAGUUGGCCGGUCAAUACAGCGGUCUGGGGAAGAGGCGCGCGCGUGGCGACAGUGGCGUUGGUCGGAGGACCUCACCGAGAUGGUGA